AUUUUCUAUUAAAACGCUCAUUUAUUGUGAAAUUUUUAUUAUUAACGUCAUAACUGAUUAUUGCUUCUAUUUUUCAGCACAUUUUUACAUAAAAAUGUUGAUCCAAUAAGUUCAAUUUUAUGAUUCUGUCCAAAGGUGUGUGUCCCUGCUAGACGCUACGAUAGCUUGGGUCGGCUGUCAAUGGGAGUUAAAAAAAAAAAACAACUAUUGCAAGUAAAAACAAAUCGCAUUCCAGCGUAGAUUAUUGUGAAUUUGUGUUGUGAAUACGGCUCCAAACGCUCCAGCUAUACGUAGCGCAUAAUAUACAACACCAAAAGCAGUUGUGUUCGGGUGGAUUUAUACAUCCGAUCAAGCAAAACACAUCUAGCGCAAGAUGAGUUUCUCGAGCGAUGAGGUGAACUUCCUGGUUUACCGCUAUUUGCAGGAGUCUGGAUUUUCUCAUUCCGCGUACACGUUCGGAAUCGAAUCGCACAUCUCACAAAGCAACAUCAAUGGUGCGCUUGUGCCACCGGCGGCCCUGCUAAGUAUUCUGCAGAAAGGUUUGCAAUACACGGAGGCCGAAAUCAGCAUAGGUGAGGAUGGCACCGAGCAGCGAUUGGGCGAAAGUUUGAGUCUCAUCGAUGCCGUCAUGCCGGAGGUCGUUGCAAACCGGCAGAAUAUGCAAAACCAGCAAAAGCAAGCAACGAAAACCGAACCACCGGAAACAAACGGUACGACUGAGGAACCUGCUGCUCCACCGCCGACUACGACCACUACCGCGUCCACAACACCAGCACCAGUCGAAACGAUGGAAGUGGACCAAAGCAUCGAGAUACCCGCCUCGAAGGCGACGGUUCUUCGCGGACACGAGAGUGAAGUGUUCAUCUGUGCUUGGAACCCCAGCACAGAUUUGCUGGCCAGUGGGUCAGGCGAUAGCACAGCGCGCAUUUGGGAUAUGUCCGAUAAUCCGGCCAAUCCGAAUCAACUCGUAUUGCGUCACUGCAUCCAGAAGGGCGGUACGGAGGUACCGAGCAAUAAGGACGUAACGUCACUCGAUUGGAACUGUGACGGUACGCUGCUGGCAACGGGUUCAUAUGACGGAUAUGCUCGUAUUUGGCGCACAGAUGGGCUGCUGGCAAGCACACUCGGUCAGCAUAAAGGGCCCAUAUUUGCCCUGAAGUGGAACAAGCGGGGUAACUACAUUCUUUCCGCUGGUGUGGACAAAACAACCAUCAUCUGGGAUGCCGCCACCGGUCAGUGCACGCAGCAGUUUAGCUUCCACUCAGCACCCGCACUGGAUGUAGACUGGCAGUCGAAUCAAUCGUUUGCCAGUUGCAGCACAGAUCAAUGCAUUCACGUGUGCAAGCUGGGCGUAGACAAACCCAUCAAAUCGUUCCAGGGACACACGAAUGAGGUAAAUGCUAUCAAAUGGGAUCCUCAAGGACAGCUGUUGGCUUCCUGUUCCGACGACAUGACGCUGAAGAUUUGGUCGAUGAAGCAAGACACUUGCGUGCAUGAUCUACAGGCUCAUUCGAAAGAGAUAUACACCAUCAAAUGGUCACCGACGGGUACGGGUACGCAGAAUCCGAACAUGAACCUCAUUCUCGCUAGUGCUUCCUUCGAUUCGACUGUUCGUCUUUGGGACGUUGAGCGUGGCGUUUGCAUUCACACGCUCACGAAACACACGGAACCGGUGUACUCGGUCGCAUUCAGCCCGGACGGCAAAUUCCUUGCGUCGGGUAGUUUUGACAAGUGUGUCCACAUCUGGAGCACCCAGAGCGGACAGCUGGUACACAGCUACAAGGGUACCGGCGGUAUAUUUGAGGUGUGUUGGAACUCGCGCGGUAGCAAAGUUGGCGCCAGUGCCAGUGACGGCAGUGUGUUUGUGCUGGAUCUGCGAAAGUUAUGAGCGGCGGCACCGUCCGCUGGAACCGGAGCAGCCGCGUCGGCACCUGGACCACCGCCACCGCUGCUGACGGCAGCCGAGAAAAAAUCCUAACAAUCAUUGACAGGCGCCCGGCGAACACAUCCCAAAUAAUUGGCGAGAAGCAUUUUGCAAUUCAUACAGUUACUCGUCAGGGAUUGUUCGCGGAAGGCGCUCACUUUAUACAAUAUCCGUGUUCUACAUUUUACGCCCCGUUCCGCUAUGGGACACCUACGGCGUGCGUUCGUAUUAGCGCUCUAGAUUACUUAGGCCUCGAGUAGGGCACAGAGACAAGAUUGCAAAUUGUGUAGAUCGAUUUAAGGCUUUUAUUUUAUUGAAAAGGAAAACUAAAACAUUAAACCCGCUUCCAUCGUGUCCGAUCUGAUAAUGAAAUGGGUUUUUUUUUCUAGAAGGCAUCCCACGUUCUUUAAAGCAGAAAAAGAACGGAUACUCUUAAACAAAAUAGAAAGUAAAUUUUAGACAUUAGGCUCUUCAUUAUCAUACAGAGGAAAGUUAAGCUUAGAGUUCGGAUAUCGGUACAAAAGGCAACAUCUUCUCCGCGUUCAAGUCCCGGUCCCGGUUUUGAAUGAGAGAAAAUAAAUAUUCAGCUGUAAAUGCCUUCAAAA